AUGACGCUUGGGCUAAAAUCGAUUUUAAUUAUUUGUGCUGCUUUAUUUUGUCUAAGGACAGCGCAAACGGCAUUUGCUACCGAAAAUAGUGCGCACAGCCAAGUGCAAUUCUACAAAGAUUUUCUAUUGAAAGUGCACGACGAAGAAAAGUUCGAGAACUGCCUUAUUUUCGGAGUUAUUGAAAGAAGUGAAAUUCUAGCGACACUGCUCAAAAUCGUCAUCGAGGAUUUACAAAAGCCCAUCUUAUUGCAAAAUUCGAAUUCAACAUACAAAAUCGCAAAUGUGUUUAACAACGACGUGCUCGUCAUCGCGCAGAUCGAGAACACCGAAACGGAUUUGCAAGCGCUGGCCGACAGCCUGCAUCUCAUGCGACAGAGGCGUAUAAUUUUCAUUUGCGCUACACUAGAAACGGCUGCAAUGACCAAAGAGUUCUUACUAAACCUCUUUCAUAAUUGUGAAGCGAAAAAGAUGAUUAAUGUUUUGGCUAUUUUUGGUGAUUUUCCGACAACGCAAUCCUUUCACAGCUACAGCAUCUUCCCCGCCUUUCAACUGGAGCAAAAAACAUUUAACAAAAACAGUACGCGAAUAUUUCCCGAUCGCAUGCGAAACCUACUUGGAUAUAGUCUACGCACUCUACCCGAUCUGAUAUUCCCGAAUACGUUUGCGUUCGAGCAGAAUGGUCGUGUGCAGGUUGGCGGUUUUGUGCAAAAGCUUCUGACCAUAUUUGCAGAAAGCAUAAACGCUACGCUGUUGUUUCCGCUGCCUGUGCGGAUGCAUGAAUUUCGUCUCCCAGGAGAAUUACUCAGUCUUUUACGCAACAAUAGUUUGGAUAUACCGGCUACACGCAGGUAUUUGGAAAGCGAGGCGCAAUUCGAAGAAGUAUCCUAUCCUUACUAUAUCGGAGAACUUUGCGUUAUGGCGCCAAUUAUGUGGUACCACUCCUUUUCAAGUUUUAUCGAAGUCUACUUUAGUGCUACUGAUAUUGCGCUGAGUGUGCUGGGCCACUGUGCCAUGAUGGUUUUAUUCUACUUGAGUCAACGUUUGCAAAAAAUACGCGCAAGGACUGUUGAUGUGAAGCAGGCGGCUAAUUUGCGUCCUUUGGUUACUUUUCGAAUUUUGGUCUUUCUGACAAUGCUUUGGUCCUCAUGCGUUGUGACUAAUUUCUUGGCGAAUUUAAAUAGUUUUUUAACUAAACCAGCCAGAGUUCCUAGCUUAAGCAGUUGGAAUGAUUUUGAGAAUAUUGGCCAGAAGGUUAUGACUCCUGCUGAUUUUUACACGGAUGUUUUAUCGUGGUGUGAUGAGUCGUGCAAAAAUAUGGAAAAAUCGCUGGUACUUUCCAAGACCUUUCUAGAUGUUCGCAACCACGUUCAAAAUCUCAAUACCAAAUAUGCCUAUUUUAUACGAUCAUUUUUGUGGCAAUGUAUCGCUCUGAAAAUGAAGAGGUUGAAGUGGCCCAUUUUCUAUUACACCGAGUUGUGCUUGAGAAGGCCGAUUUUUGACUGUUUUCCACUGCAAUCGAACUCAGUUUUUAAAGAUGCACUGAAUUUGUUUCUUCUGAGGAUCCAGGACCAUGGUUUGCGCAGUUAUUGGAUCGAUGCAGCUUAUAUGGAACUCAUAAGACUUAAGAAGUUUGAUGGCCGCUCUAUAAGUCAACCGCUGGAACGGCCGCUGGAUAUGGAUUAUAUGUCAUUUAUGUGGCCACUGAUAGGUUUCGCUUGGUUGCUGGCUGCUGUUACGUUCGCAUGUGAGUUAGCCAUUGGGCAUUGGACGGCAGUGAUUCGAAAGCGAAACAAUUGA